AUGUCUCCGGAGUAUGCCAUGGGCGGUAUGUUUUCUGAAAAAUCUGAUGGCUACAGCUUCGGGUUCUUGCAAUUGGAGAUUAUUAGUGGCAAAAAGAAUACCAACUUCUAUUCCAGUGACCAACAUAUAGGCUUCCUAGCUUAUGCAUGGCACUUAUGGAAUGAAGGAAGGGGUUUGGAGUUGGUUGAUGAAUAUCUCUUUACAGAUCGAAGAGGACUUGAGAGACUUCUCGGUGUGGAAGCGAUGAUGCCUUCACUACAAGAUCCUGAGCGCUUCAACUUAUGGGGUGCAAAAGUCAAUCGGGAUGGUCUUGUCACGUUGAUGCGUGGAUGCAAAGAUUUGGUGAUGUUGGAUGCCAGAGAUUGUUCUUGUUUCGAUGAGAACGACGAUGAAAUAUCAAAGAUUGCGUCUCAUAUUAGUCAAUUUAUGUGCGAGGGUUAUGAAUUUCCUGAAUGUCUUUGUGGUAUGGACAAUUUUGUUCUUCAUGUUGAUGGAUACUCAUUUCAUCUGCAUGUGGAGGAGACAUGGGAUGAAAUGCUCAAUGAUUUGCGCAAUGCGUUCAAUGAUUUGGGCGACGAGGAAUGA